CGAAAAUUCCUACUGUUUAGAAAUUACCCUUAGCAGACGACUCAAGACAGCUGUCACAUGUGCUUCAAAUUUUUCUAGCGGGGCUCAACUCAUAAACAAUGGCCCCAAAAACUCCAAAAACUCCUCAGACUCCUUCGCGAUUCGGUACGAAAGUAGAAUGGAAAAACUGUGUGUCGUGUGCUGCAACUUUUGUCCUACGGGAUUCCCUCAGACAUGAGGUGGUGUGCUCUGCUAUUGCUAGUCACGAUUUCACUGACGCCGACGUCAACCAUGGGUUCGUGAUCAACAAACGACUUUGCGGCGUUCUUGAAGACAAACCCUGCAAAGAGUGUCUACAGAAUGUACAUAAGCUACAAAAGUCCCAUGUUGCCUUGAUUUCUCCGUCAGCCAUGCAGUUAUGUGGGAUAGUGAUAGGAUCUCAUGUUGAAGUUGAGACCUUUGAAUCAAAAUCAUCGACUUUCGUUGCUUGGCCUUGCUGCCAUAUCCCACCCUCAUCAGUCUUCAUUGAUCCUGAAAUUUUAAGGUUGUUAUCCAUGGACCAGCAAAAAAAUCUUUAUAUAUUUUCCCCAGGUGAAGAAAAAUACAUAGCAGCAAGAGUGCAUUUGAAAAUUGCUUUACGAGACAGCCCUCCAUUUGAAACAAAUCUGCUGGAAAAUAUGUUUCUUCAUCAGUUUGACAACCACCUUGUUAGAAAAGGAAAUCGCCUAGUCCUUAAACAUAUGGGGAAAAAAUGGCUGAUAACAGUGGAGAAGGUGAUUCCAACUAACAGCGCAAGAUCAGAUGACGACCUUUCAGCUGGAAUGAGUUCACUGACUAUGGAUAACGUCCAUUCCCAUGUCUAUUCGUUGAUUCUGUCGAAUACCAAAAUCUGUUUUGAUGCACCGAAUGAGGUUUCAUCUGAGCCUUCGCACGUAGAACUGACUGACUUUGGUGGCGGUCACGAAGUGGUAGAAGAGCUAAAAAAAUUGUGCACUAGCGUUUUUCAAGCAACUACCACGUCAAAAAGCAUAGGUCCAAGAGGAGUGCUACUGUACGGGCCUCCAGGAACGGGCAAAUCACUCCUAGUUCGAGCUGUUGCUGGCCACUUUAAAGUUCCUAUGGUUACAAUACAAGGUCCGGAAUUGUUCAGCAAGUAUUACGGGGAAACGGAAGCCCGAUUACGAGAAAAAUUUGAAGACGCCAUCAAAAAGGAUUGCUGCAUCAUUUAUUUGGACGAAAUAGAUUCACUCUGCCCUAAACGAGACUCUAGCUCAUCAUCUCAUAGCGAUCAGGAACGCCGCGUAGUUGCAACCCUGUUAUCAAUGAUCGAUUCUAUUCCACCUCAAGCCCGUGUAGCGAUAAUUGGAGUAUCGAGCAGACCUGAUGUACUAGAUUCUGCCGUGAGGAGACCUGGUCGAUUAGAUCGCGAAUUAGAAAUCAGAGCUCCAACGGUCGCUGAACGCCAAGACAUUCUUAAUGUCCUUCUCAGAAAAAUUCCACAUCGUUUAAAUGCCAAAGAAAUCGACCAUCUAGCUUCGAUUACACAUGGUUUCGUCGGAGCAGAUUUAUCGCUCCUUUGCGCUGAAGCUUCCUUAGCUGCCGCCAAGCGCAUCAUAUCCAGCACGUCUCCUGAUUCUACCACGGAAGUUUUUCUACUGGAUGAAGAUACCAAGCAGGCUUUACAUCUAGUCAAACCGAGUGCGAUGAGAGAAGUUCUGGUGGAAGUGCCUAACGUUCGUUGGACAGAUAUUGGAGGCCAGGCCGAUUUGAAGCUUAAACUAAAACAGGCUGUCGAGUGGCCUUUGCGCUACCCGGAAGCUUUUCAACGACUCGGAGUAGAGCCUCCGCGCGGAUUACUAAUGUUCGGACCACCCGGGUGUUCUAAAACUAUGAUUGCCAAAGCUUUGGCUACGGAGAGCGGAUUGAACUUUAUCGCUGUUAAGGGUCCAGAGUUGUUUAGCAAGUGGGUAGGCGAAUCCGAAAGGGCCGUUCGAGAAGUUUUUAGGCGAGCCCGCCAAGUUGCGCCGGCCAUUGUCUUCCUAGACGAACUGGACGCUCUAGGAUCGGCGAGGGGUUCAGGAUCCACAUCUGCUGGCGUUGGCGACCGUGUUUUAGCCCAGUUGUUAACUGAAAUGGAUGGUAUUGAAGCAUUAAAAGACGUUACAGUCGUUGCAGCUACUAAUAGACCAGACAUGAUUGACAAAGCCUUACUUCGACCUGGCCGUUUGGAUCGUAUAGUCUAUGUCCCUCUACCAGACGAUGCUACGCGGAAAGAAAUUAUCCAGCUGAAGUUUAACAGUAUGCCUAUUCACCCUGAAGUUUCAGUGGAUUGGCUUGUAUCCAAUACAUCGGGAUACUCUGGAGCAGAGGUUGCUGCUGUUUGCAAUGAAGCUGCAUUAAGGGCAUUGGAACAAGAUAUCGAAGCAAAACAGAUCUGCAGGAAUCAUUUCGAAUUUUCUUUAUCCGUUGUAACACCUCGCAUCACAACAGAAACCGUGAAUUUUUACGAGACUUAUGUCAAAGAAAGCGGUCUGCAUGCCAUAUGACAUGGAAUUCAAUAGGAUUGGAGAAUAAAAUGAAACCAUAAAAA